CAGAGAGAGAGAGAGAGAGAGAAGUGUGUAAAGGAGGAGACUCUCAGUAGUGUUAUUUAGUCGUGGAUACAUUCUUGGAUGAAUGCACCUUAGACCGACCAUCACUUAUGCUCUGAUUUCAUAUGAAUCAGUCAGACACGCCGCGAGCGCUGGAAACUUCAACCCUGAGAUCUGAUGCUCAACAGGUUAAUUGAGUUUGAUCACUUCAAGAGUUGAUCUGCACUGAUUGUGAGGCUUGCAGAUACAUCGAUGAUGGAUUUCCUGGCGGUUCUGGGCGAUUUCAUUCAGCUGUUCGCGCGGAGUGUUUUACUGUCGCUGCUGGUGUGUUUAACGCUCAUGCUCUGGCGUCGUUCCGGUCGGCGGCAGCUACCGGGUCCGUUCUCUUGGCCGGUCAUCGGUAACGCCGCUCAGCUCGGUACCUCACCUCACUUUUACUUCACCCGGAUGGCUCAGAAAUACGGCGACGUGUUUCAGAUCAAGCUGGGCAACCGAAACGUGGUGGUUCUGAACGGAGACGCAAUUAAAGAGGCGCUAAUUAAAAAAGCUGUCGAUUUCGCCGGCAGACCCGAUUUCGCUUCGUUCCGGGUCGUGUCCAAUGGGAAAAGCAUGGCGUUCGGUAACUACAGCCAGUGGUGGAAACUGCAUCGGAAGAUCGCGCACAGCACCGUGAGAAACUUCUCCACAGCCAACAUCCACACCAAGCAGACGUUUGAGAAGCACAUCGUGUGCGAGAUCGGAGAGCUCAUCCGCUUGUUUCUGAAUAAAACCCGCGAGCAGCAGUACUUCGAGCCUCACCGGUAUUUGGUGGUGUCGGUGGCGAACACAAUGAGCGCCGUUUGCUUCGGGAACCGGUAUUCGUAUGAUGAUGAGGAAUUCCAGCAGGUGGUGGGCAGAAAUGAUCAAUUCACUAAGACAGUCGGAGCUGGAAGCAUCGUGGAUGUGAUGCCUUGGCUGCAGUACUUCCCAAACCCAAUCAAAACGCUCUUUGACCAGUUUAACGCGCUCAACAAGGAGUUUAACGAGUUCAUUUAUUCCAAAGUGGCGGAGCACCGCAAGACUCUUUUACUGAGCCUCGUCCGUGACAUGACUGACGCGUUCAUCGUUGCUCUGGAUAAAGGGCUGUCAGGGGCACCGGGGGUCUUUCUGGAUAAAGAAUACGUGCCACCGACCAUCGCGGACAUUUUUGGGGCCAGUCAAGACACUCUAUCUACGGCUCUACAGUGGAUCAUUCUGUUACUAGUCAGGUAUCCAGAAGUCCAGAAACGUCUUCAGGAGGACGUCGACAAAGUAGCGGAUCGCAAUCGUCUUCCAACCAUCGCAGACCAGCCUCAUCUUCCAUACGUCAUGGCUUUCAUCUACGAAGUCAUGCGAUUCACCUCGUUCGUCCCUGUAACGAUUCCCCACAGCACGACCACGGACACGUCCAUCAACGGUUAUCCCAUCCCUAAAGAUACCAUCAUUUUUGUCAACCAGUGGUCUUUGAACCACGACCCGACCAAAUGGGACCAACCAGAGGUAUUCAACCCACAGCGCUUCCUGGAUGAGGAUGGAGCUCUCAAUAAAGACUUAACCACCAACGUGCUGAUCUUCUCCGUGGGGAAGCGUAGAUGCAUUGGAGAAGACCUUUCCAAGAUCCAGCUUUUCCUCUUCACCUCCUUGCUGGUCCAUCAGUGUAGUUUUAUAGCAGAAGCUACUCCCAGCAUGGACUAUCUGUAUGGGCUCACGCUUAAACCCAGAUCCUUUAAAGUGUCUGUCACACUCCGUGACACCACAGAACUGCUUGAGAGUUUGGUAGGAACGUCUCAGAUUUCUACACAAAAGAGACAGAGACCUCAAGUUUGAAGGGAAAUCAAAGCAUGCAACUUAAAUACUUUGCCAAAUGAAGGUGGCUAAGAAAACAAACACUGAAGAAUCUCUCAUAUCUGCAUUAUAGCAAUACAUUUAUAGACGUAAAACUCAGGCAAAAACUUUUUUUGUUGGCUCAGAAUGAGCUACGGCAAUAAAAACACACCCAUUCAUUACUGUAACUACAUGAUGCACUGAUUUAUGGUAUAUUAUGCAAGAGUAGCAAAGCAGAAGCUACACAAAAGGACACAGCAUGGUUUAUUCAGACAAAUACUAGUUGGUUUCUAAGAGUACUGAGACAUCUACAUGCAUAGCAUUAUUCAGUCGAGAAGUUUGUGUUACUAAUUCUACUUCUUCUAGCUAGCAGAUAUACAUUUAGACUCAGUUAUAGAUGAUUUGCCCUCAUCAUGCUUCAAUCUUUUAAUGCCAACAUUUUUUAUUAAGUGGUUUAAAGUCAACGUGAAACACUGUUCACAACCCAUUUUACUUCCAUGACAUAUUUCCGAAUGAAACAAGAUAUUCGAUGAGAAAAAACUGUGGUGCAGUAAUUGAUUUUAUCUAUUUGAAACUGACUGGAUCAUGAAAAAUCAUUAAGUCAUUACAUUUUGAUCAAAGA